UCCUCGGUUUCCCUGGCAGCUACGAAGUCAGGUGCGUCUUGUUUGAAGCCAACAGUUAUGUAGAUGAAUUCAAAGGUUGCUGUUUGUCUAACCAUCAUCUAGAACAAAUAUUUGGAAGUUGCAUCACAAGAUCGCGGGGAGCAGAAACCUCGAAAGUAGAGCAAUAUAAAACAGCCUGCCUCUUGUCAAAGUACGAUCCAUUCGUUUGUUGCAAUGCGUUCCUUACAGAUCUUGGUGCAUCUGCUGUCGGCCGCACUGCUGACACAACCGUUGCUGGCGGCCCCGAUAUUUUGGUUUCUGCCCUGGAGCUUCCCCAACUUCCCGACGAGCACAUCGAGCACUUCCGGCACCACCAGCUCCUCCUCCACCGCCAACGGUGCAUCGAACUCUUCGAAUGUUUCGGUAGCGAUCGGUAAUCGCGUCAAUACCUCGACCGGGCUCGAUGAUUACGGUACCAACAUAACGAACGUGCAGAUCAACGUGAACCGGCAGCGCCGUUCGGUUGCUAACACGAUUCUCGACCUUAAUGACCUCGAUGGUAGUGGUGGUGGUGGUGGUGGUGGUGCAGAAGCUGAUACUGGUGGUUCCUACAUUUCCAUCGGUGAACACACGGUUCGCCUGCCGGCAAACAUCACCAAUCUCACCCUCAACACGUACCUCAUCAACGGAAUACCGGUACCGGACGACAGCGUACUGGUGUCUAACGAGGUGGGAAACGCUGGAGACCCCAGUUUACUGGUGACGGCCAUUAGACUUUUUAGGAACUUUUUAAAAUCAUUCCUCGUACCAGCUAACGGCUAGGCGUAGCGUAAUCUUAACAAAUUGUUUGAAAAUUACUGCCAUCUUUCUUGUGAACGUCGUUCGAUUAUAACUGCACCUGGUACUAGACACUAACUUGCUGUAAACAAGGAAGCAUCUCCAGGGUCGCGAUGUUUCUUCUAGGAAAAAAUGAAGAUUCAGUACAAGAUAGGUGCAAGGCACAAACGGCAAUACACCUUAACUUCGUCUUUCUCUCAGCUAUAGAACAUCGUAGAGCAUGAGGAAAUGGGAAAACCGGCGCAUCACCCGUUGCGUUCUAUUUUAAGCUGCCACAAUGUGAUCUACGCUUCUCGCGAACAGCAGGAAAUGAAUCGCAUCCGUAUGUUCUUUUGACGCAAAGAGAGAAGCAAAAUAUUACGAAGAUUUACAGCAAAAAUAUGUGCAGAAUUUCAUCGAACAUCGAUAAGAAAUAAUGCCAAACAGGUUUAUGAGGUAGAUCAAACAAUCAUUAUGAAAAAAAACAUCUUUAGAAUACUUAAGAAGAUUUGCAUACUGGACACCUUUUAGCUGUGUAAAAUGUACCACGUCUAAACUAAACUUAGCCCUUUAUGCG